CUUCUUCUCUACCAAUCUCUUUUCUCCCUCCCUAUCUCUGCAUUAUACCAUGGAGUCAGAGUCAUCUCGUAUUUUCGUCCGGGGGCUGCCCCCACCAUGAGCGAGGCCGACUUCAAGAAGCACUUUGGCAAAUAUGAAGUCACCGACGCCAGACUCUUUCCUCAGCGCCGAAUUGGUUAUGUCGGAUACAAGUCGCCUGAAGAUGCUCAAAAGGCCGUCAAGUACUUCAACCGUACUUUCAUCCGCAUGUCCAAGAUCGGCGUUGAGCUGGCCAGACCCAUUGGUGAGGCUCCAACAAGGAGGCAAGGUCAAUCGUCGCAACAUCCUUUGGCAAUGGCCAAGUUGCCCGCACACAAUGCAAAUGCCGAGCCCAUCGUAGCAAACCUCAAGCGGAAACGCGCCACUCCCGAGCCCGAGACGAAAGAGAAGGACCCCAAGCUGAGCGAGUUCUUGAACGCCAUGCAGGCUCCUUCCAAACUUCGUGGCACCCGAGGUGAGGAGGUCAAUAUCGCUGCUCAAGAACUAGACACCAAGGUCGUCGUGCCCGAAGCCGACAGUGAUUCCGAGUAUGAGAACGUGCCCAAGAAACCGAAGAGCGCAGCGCCAGCCGUGAAACCUCUCCCAGUACAACCCACUACAGAUGCUAUGGACCCUGAUCAGCCUGCUCCCACCGAGAUAGCCCAAGUGGGUGAGAGUGCCGAGCCGGCCACAGAACAAGACACAGUCAUGAACGACGACGACUGGAUGCGCUCACGUACAAGCAGACUUCUCGGUCUGGCAGACGACGACGAAGAGGAGGAGGCCGCUACUACGACACGACCCUCGCAUACUGUCGCCGCAUCGCCGAGUCCCGAACCCGUCCCUCAACCGGAGCCUUCGACGAAAGACGAGGAAUUCGAAGGCUUCGAAGAUGAGCCUGCACCACCAACAGACGAGGUCGAAGAGAAGGUCAGAGCAAGUCAACGUCUGUAUCUACGAAAUCUCUCCUACGCUACCCAAGAAGACGACUUACGAAGCGCUUUCACCGACUUUGAAAAUCUUGAAGAGUCUGAAAAACACACCAGCUUGCACAAUCUUCAUUAUCUGCAUUUAUCGUUCGAGAGCAGCUGGCUAACGCAUCAUGGCUUUAGNGUUCACGUACCAAUAGACCCCAAGACAGGCUCUACCAAAGGCUUCGCAUACCUUCACUUCACCAAUGCCGACAGUGCUUUGAAAGCAUUGCGUGAUAUGGAUGGUAAGGUGUUCCAGGGUCGCCUGCUGCACAUCCUCCCUGCUGCUGCCAAGCGGGAGGACAAGCUUGACGACUUUGCCUUGUCAAAACUUCCCCUCAAGAAGCAGCAGGCCAUCAAGCGCAAGCGUGAGGCUGCUUCAGCUACUUUCAAUUGGAACUCGCUCUACAUGAACGCCGAUGCUGUCAUGUCUUCGGUCGCCGAUCGUCUUGGUGUCUCAAAGUCAGAAUUGUUGGAUCCCACCUCAUCUGACGCGGCCGUCAAGCAGGCACAUGCCGAGACUCAUGUUAUCCAGGAAACCAAGUCAUACUUCAAGCAGAACGGUGUUGAUAUGGAUGCCUUCAAGAAGCGGGAACGAGGCGACACAGCAAUCCUGGUGAAGAACUUCCCAUAUGAAACCAAGGCUAGUGAGCUGAAGGAGCUGUUCGAGCAACAUGGCAAGAUCAAGAGAUUCCUGAUGCCUCCAUCAGGCACUAUCGCUAUCGUUGAGUUUGAACAUGCUCCCGAAGCUCGUGCUGCUUUUGCCUCCCUGGCUUAUCGCAAGAUCCACACGUCCGUUCUUUUCCUUGAGAAGGCACCUAAGGAUCUAUUCCAGGCAACAGCCCCGCUUACUGAUAGUACGGACAGAGAGACCACACAGGCUGGUCUCGAUGCCAAAGCUUCAGCUAGCGAGUUGCUGCAAGAGACUGGCACGGAGGUCUCUGCUGGUACUACCAGCACUCUCUUCGUGAGAAACCUCAACUUCUCCACUACAACAGAUCGCCUGACGGACAUCUUCCGUCCGCUAUCUGGCUUCUUGACAGCAAGAGUCAAGACGAAGACAGACCCCAAGAAGCCUGGUCAGGUUCUCAGUAUGGGUUUUGGUUUCUUGGAGUUUGCUGGCAAGCAACAGGCUGCAGCUGCCAUUACGGCAAUGGAUGGCUACAGUCUCGAUGGUCACAAGCUGCAGCUACGUGCGUCGCACAAGGCUACUGACGCCGCUGAAGAGCGUCGCAAAGAAGACAAGGCUAAGAAGCUCGCUGCUCGGGGAACCAAGAUCAUCAUCAAGAACUUGCCAUUCGAAGCGACCAAGAAGGACGUGCGCGCUCUCUUCGCUGCAUAUGGACAACUCCGCUCUGUCCGCGUUCCGAAGAAAUUCGAUAAAGGAGCUCGCGGUUUUGCUUUUGCUGACUUCACCACACCGAAGGAAGCGGAGAAUGCAAUGGAUGCUCUGCGCGACACUCACUUGCUGGGUCGUAGACUGGUUCUCGACUUUGCUGCCGAAGACCCUGAAGACGCCGAAGCCGAAAUCGAAGCCAUGGCAAAGAAGGCCGGCUCCCAGCUCAAUAAAGUCGCUCUGCAAAAACUCACCAGCGGCGGUCGUAAGAAGUUCCGUGUGGGCGACGAUCAAGAUGGUUUGGAAGAGGCGUGA